UUCCUGUCGGCGCUGCGCACUGCUGCCCGCUGGAGCUGGGCCGCCGGGAGCGCGCACAGCCCCCGCACCCCGCGGAAUGCGGCCGCCACAGGGCACGGCGAGGCGGCGGCUGCACCCUUUUGAAAAAUGGGACCUUGGGAGGACAAUCCAGAGUCCCUUCUGCGUUUGAGGAGCAUCCAGACAUGCUGGGCGCCUCUCUGCGCACUGGCUGUGCAAGGACUCCGACGCAGUGGAGACACAGCUUGCUGUGUCUGUUUUGAGUGAAUUUCUGAUGUGUGCAGAGAUCGUGUUUGAAAACGGAUCUCUCAAAGCCUCUGAGGUAGUUCUGAAAAGAACGUUAUUCCCUUGUUAAAAUUCAACGUGUGUGCCUCAUGUGACUGUCCAGUUCAGCAUUCAGCUCUCCCAAACUGAAGACUAAGGACUGAGCCUGUCACAGGCUCCUGCAGUUGGGCUCCUGCCAACAGUACAAAUAACUGACCAGCUUGUUGGAAGAUGACGUUUAUUCCUGCUUAAAGCUGCUGUUCUGAAAACAAACAGUAGAAGAAUGUGGAAGAAUUCAAGCCUCCACUGCCUUUUAGUACUAGCUAUCUUAUGCCUAAGAAGCUUAGUAUACAGCCAAGAGAUAGGUUCUCUAGGGCACCCCCAGAAUUUGAAAUGCGUAACGCACAAUUUACACAAAAUGAUCUGUACUUGGGAUGUGUCUCCUAGAAGAAAACAUGGACAAACUGACUUUUGCUAUGCUACCAAUGACCUCCCCACUCCGGUGUGUUUUAAAACUAAGGAGAAAAGGGUUGAGAUUCCAGUUCCACACAGCUCCAGCACAGUGACAAUAACUACAAAUAGCAUCUCUGGAAUUGCUUUGGCUACCAAAGAAUUUAAAAUUCACAAGAAAGAUGUCUUGUUUAUUCCUGUCACUCCGCGCAUUCUUAGUUUAACGCCUGACUUUUCAACUUCCACAUUAAAUCUGAAGUGGAGUGAUAAUGGAUCAGUCUUCCCAGACGGACUGGAUGCUGUUUGGCAGAUUCAGAUACUCCGAAAAGAAACAAUGGAAAAAGUCACACAAGUUACUUACCACUCAAAACUGACUCAUGAAGACAUCAUUCUUUCUUGGAACUGGACAUCAGAUAUACCUUUGGAGUGCACAUCGCACUAUGUGAAGAUUCGCUGUUAUAUUAAUGUAACACAGUUUUUUGGCCUCAAGGAGUGGAGUGACUGGAGCCCAGUAGAAGUGAUCCCUGGAAAAGAUACUGAUCCCAGUGAGAGUGGAGUGUUUCCUCUGGAUACUGUGGUGGCAGUGGGUUCAGAUGUGACAUUUUGUUGUAUCCAUGAAGAAGGUCAGAACGUAACAAUCAUGAGUUAUGGAUCAAAGCCCUACCCAGUGAUACAGCUGAGCAGUCGGAGCCAUGCAAUCAGAGUACUAAAUGCCAGUGUCUCAGAUUCCAGUGGAACAAAUGUAGUGUGCAGACUCAACAAUGGAAUAGUGGAGGGAACUGUCCUGUUUGUAGGAUAUGCUCCUGAUAUUCCCCAAAACCUCAGCUGUGAAACACCCAAUUUCCAGAUAAUAAAAUGCACCUGGAAACCAGGCAGACCCAGUGGACUGUAUGCAAAACGAAAAACAAAGUACAGUUUAUUUGAAAGAACAUCUGGUAAAAAUGUUUCAUGUGAAGUCAAUGAAAUGAACAGAGAGCGUGUCUGUGGCUUUCCAGUACUGCCUGAUCAAAAAAUCUAUGAUUUCAUAUUAGGUGUCUCCAAUCCUAUUGGGCAAGCAGAGUCAUCUCUUUUGGUUGAUAUAACUCAAAGAGUUCAUCCAAAAACCCCAGAGAAGUUGACUGUUUCUGAAAACAACUCUACAAGCAUUCAUCUGCAUUGGUUUAUAAAUGGCAGCUUUGCUGAGAUCAGGCUUCUGUGUCAAAUUGAAAUUAGCAGUGGUCACUCUGAGCAAAAACUAUACAAUAUCUCCAUGCCUGGUGGGAAAUCCUCAACUUACACAGCUCAUCUGAAUGCGUUGCUCCCAUAUACCAAAUAUCAGUUCAGGGUGCGCUGUUCAGCUGCUGACCAUUUCUGGAAGUGGAGUGACUGGAGCCGAGUAGAGUACACAACAUCAGAAGCCCCUCCUGCAAGAGGACCAGACAUCUGGAGAGAGAGAAGUCCUUCUGGAGAAAGUCUAAAAAUCUUCUGGAAGCCCUUACCCCUUUCUGAAGCCAAUGGGAGAAUAAUGUCACACGAAGUGUCUUGCUACCUGCUAGAGACACCACUGGAGCGUAAAGUAGUCACUGAACCCUCAAACAGUACAGAGAUAAAACUUGGAAAGAAUGACUGUGUAAUUAGUGUUGUAGCCAAAAACCAAGCAGGCUCGUCUCCUCCUUCAAGGAUAACAAGCGUGGAACUUCCAAGUGACAAUAUCAUAACAGGACAGGCCGUGGCAAUGGGGAAUGGAAUUAAUGUUUCUUGGGAUUCUUACCCCAACAUGACCUGUGGCUACGUAGUAAAAUGGUGUCAUUCGUCUGGGUCUGAACCCUGUAGUGUGGACUGGCAGAAAUUUCCUUCAAACACAACAAAUGCAGUGAUAAAAUCUGCUCUGUUUAAACCUGGUGUGAGAUACAACUUUUCAGUGUAUGGCUGCAAAUCCACUGGAUAUCAGUUGUUGAAAAACAUAACUGGGUAUAUGAAAGAGCUGCCUCCAAAAAGUGCACCAAAUUUUACUGUCGAAGAAACUUCUUCAGAUUCUAUAUUGGUAAGGUGGGAAGAUAUUCCUAUUGAAGAAUGCCGAGGGUUUUUAAAAGGAUAUCUUCUUUCCUUUGCAAAAGGUGAAAAAGAUGCUUUAAAGCCUAGACUUUCAGAAUCAGGGAAUCCAGAACUUAAAGUUAACAACAUCACUAACUUAACACAGAAGUCUAUGAAAAUACUUGAUCUUCAAGGCAAAACAAGUUACCAGCUGGAACUACAAGCCUACACUGCUGGUGGGUUGAGCCCUCCAAACAGCCUCUAUGUGGUGACAAAGGAGGACUCUGUAGGAUUAAUCAUUGCAAUUCUCAUCCCCGUGGCAGUGGUGGUGCUGCUUGGAGUGGUGGCCAGCAUCUUCUGCUACCGAAAGAGGGAAUGGAUUAAAGAAACAUUUUAUCCAGAGAUCCCAAAUCCUGAGAACAGUAAGGCACUGCAGUUUCAGAGGAACAUCUGCGAGGGGAAUAAGACACUUAAAACACUGGAAAUGAACCCAUGCACCCCCAAUAGUGUUGAAGUGGUGGAAACACAGUCUGCAGCUCCCAAGAUUGAAGACACAGAGAUGAUGUCCCCAGCAGGAGACACCACCGUGCCUGAAGAUGGCUCUGACUCAGAAAUGGAGAACCAUGUUGUUGUGUCCUACUGCCCCCCUAUCAUUGAGGAGGAGAUCUCAAAUCCCCCUACGGAUGAACCUGGGGGGUCAUCUCAGGUGGUUUACAUUGACAUCCAAUCCAUGUAUCAGCCUCAAAUUAAAUCAGAGGAGGAGCCAGAAAUAGACGUAGUGACUACAGCAGGCUAUAAGCCACAAAUGCAGCUGUCCGUCAGUGCUAUGAAUACAGAGAGUCGCUCACCUGUGGAGGAAGAAUUGGAUAAAACUGCAGGUUACAGACCUCAAGCAAACACAAAUGCCUGGAACAUGGACACUCCGGACUCUCCUGGGUCAGUUGAAAGCAACAAUGAAAAUGCAUCCUUUGGGAGCCCAUGCUCCAUUAAUUCCCGACAGUUUCUUCUUCCUCCAAAGGAUGAUGAAGACUCUCCUAAACCCAUUAACAUAGGGUGGUCCUUCACACAUUUUUUUCAAAACAAACCAAAUGAUUAACAGUGAGUCCUUGUUGCUCCUGAACCUGCCUUCUAAAUAAGCUUUUAUUCCCGAUGUUGUAAAGAAAGCAAGAAGAAAAGUGCAAAAAGCAUGAAUUAUUCUUGGAGACAGUCAGCAGAAGUUCUAGUGAGCUGAAUGUUACCAUGUUUGAGUUAGUGAAAGUGUUAAUAUUCCAUUGUAAUAGAGGCCGAAAGGCCAAGUUAUAGCAAUUUAGUUAUUACUCUAGUAAAAUAUAUUGGAAAUACGGGGUAUUGAGUUUAGAACCCCUAUAAUCAUAGUCAGAGAACUCUGCCUCCCUUCACAUAGUGCUCCAAGAUUAACAUAGUCUCAUUCAACUUAUAACUUGGAAAGAUUGCUUUGCUUUGUUGUAGUUGUUCUCAACCAUGCAGACUCAAAUGAUGCAGCCCCAACAGGUUUCCUUACUGAAGGUUUUAUUUAUCACAAAUGUCAGCCUAAUACACGGAAAAAAUGUAGUUGGAAACUGUUGAGAUCUUUUACCUAGUUAUAAACUAAGAGCAAAUGAGAGUGCUAUUUUUUUCCUUCUCUCAUAUGGAGGGUUAUUGUCACUGUUCAACACUUGGGAAGCAAUGGCCAUUCAAACCUGUUGCUUUUUAACUAGACACUAGUUUCUGUACCUACUGUACAAUGUUUAUUCAAUGUUUGACUCAGGGGUACAAACUUGGGGGAAAAAGUGUAACACUGAUUGAAACCUCAAUAAGAACUGCAUAAAGUUUAAAACUUUCUUUUUUUUUUUUUAACUUAGAAUGCUCUAUAUUUUUUCUAUCCUUUGGUUAAGGAGUUAAUCUUUCCUAAGGAAUUGCACUAAUGCAUUUUGUAUUUAAUAGCUUCUGCUCCAGACCUCCUGCUUCGAAGUGGUACAGUACUCCAUUCACCCUUAGUGUCCAGCAGUCUUUGCACUAUGCGGUAAUUUAAGCCAUGAGGAAAUCUCUGUCUGCUCACAUUAGCUGUCCAAGCAGUUUGGCAUGUGAAAUUAGAGGUAGUAGUACUAGCUCCUUGAGAAGAAAUUGCUCUUUGGAUGGUCUUUAUUGUAUUAGCUUUGUAUUAUCUGCUGCCUGGCUGAUCUUAAGUGUCUACCCCACAGGACCUUCUAUACAAAUCCUACCUGGGACUACAAGGUAGGAUUUCUCUAGUGGCAGGGAGAAACCCAAGGAGGUUUUAGUGUGGGUAUUUCUACCUCUCCUUUACCAGAUAUGUGAUGCAAAGAAAGCUUAAAUGAUGUACAUUUUUGUGCUUAAAGGAGUGUUCAGAACAAUCGUCUUUUAACAUGCUUGUUUUCACUUAUGCACAUCUAGACAGCUGUAAGUGUAAUAUUUCACUGUGUAAACUUCAGACUGUGGCAUACAUGGAUUUCACUAGCUCACGGGAGAAACUUUCUAACUUACCUGUUCAUUACUGUAAAACACAGUGGUGAGGUGUCAGAUGUUAAACAGCUUGAUCAAAAAGGGUCUCCAUGAAGUCCUAACCAUUUUUUUUUUUAAGAACUCCAUUUCGUUAGUUACUUUGUGGGUAAUUGCAGUAAUGGAUGGUGCAGUUUCAGCUGUUGGCAUAUCUCUGCCAUCUCCGUAGAAUGAAAAUACAAAGGUAUUUCAAAACUGACAAAAACGCACAAAGCUAAAUAGUAUCCAAAUCAUCAUCACUAACAACUGCUCGUGUGUGCCUCCUGGAAGAGUGAACUGUGAAGAAGUGAAAAAUAGUUGAGUCUGCAGACCUGGCAGGCGUGGCAAAGUGUCUCUGAAAAGACGUAAAGCACAGAUAGGAUUCGGCUUUUGAGGUUGAGUCUUGGAGUAUUAGGGCUGCGAAUGAAAAGACAGGCAGUGAAAAGAGUGAUGUCCAUUUGUCAUCAGACAUCAGCACAAGAGAAAGUUUCAUGGCCUCUUAUUCAGAACACUAAACUAAUACAUGAAAGGAAGCAGUUCUACCCAUUGUGCUUAAUAGUUGACAAGUGGCUAAAUCCUGAUAGUAACAAACCUUUUUCACAAUACCUCUUUAUUAGAGCAUUUCUUUUCGCUAGUGUAGAUUUGGCCUAAUGUGUUUAUCUCCUAAGAGGAAUUUUAGCUUGUGCUGCCAUAUGCGUUUAAUUGAAAGCAGAACAUGUCAUAGACAGUGUAUGGGUAGUGGUUUGCAUUUUUUCAUAGAGUAGUUUCUUAAUGCAGAGGAGCAGGCAGUAUUGUAUGGUGAUCCAAAUGAAAAAGCUCCUCUGUAGCAGAACAGCUGAUCAUGAAGAAUAAAUAUGCUUUUCAUAUGCCUGUGUAUUGCAAGAAACAAAAUUAAACUGAAGUUUGAGAGUACUAGCAAUUUUUAAUUUGGCAGACUGGAAGUCAGGGCGGCUGCAGAGGACACACUGAGCUCACAGGCAGCAGCCUAAGACCAUUUGCAGUGCUCCCAUGGUGAAUCACUUACACACAAGGAUCACAUACUCAGGUUUCUCUGUGUGCUGCUCUUCCUAUUCAGUAAAGGCAACAACAUUUUAAAUUGUUCCAUUUCUAAGUGACUAGGUAGGGGAAAGCUCCACAAAUACAUGGUUUGCCUUGAUGCUCUCUCAUCUAAUUAUUAAUCUCUUUUUUUUUUUUAAACUCUGACCAUACCUUUUAUUUGACUGAUGUUCUUACUUCCAGGAUGCAGGGCAGAAGAGUCAUGUUAACAGCAACAGCUUCAGUAAGAGAAGAGUGGGGCAAAUGCAGGAGAAACACAGGCUUGUGCAGUAUCUGUAGCAUCAUUAUUGCUUAAUAGUUAUGAACCAACAAGCAGUUGUCAUUCCAGCACUUGGAAGCUCAGCUGCUUCACGUCUGUGGUUUCCUUUGAGCCUGUUCAGUACUGCCAGCGAGGGCUCCUUUCAAAUGUCUGUCUUAGAUUUUCAGCAGUGAAUCCAAAUGCUAGAUGGGUAGUGAGAGGUUGAGUGCUAAUGUUAUGAUCAUGUGAAGACAUCUCUAGGUGCAUGGAGCAGUAAGGAGGAAUGACAAGGACUGUCAGGGAAUGGACUUGCUUUCUGAGCCCAAGUGCCAUGUUGAAUUAGUAAAACAUCUUUAGGAAUGUCUUUGUACCAAAUUCACUUUCAAAGCAUGGUGCUCUUUAGCCUCUAAAUGCUUUGAUAACAAUUGUAAGCUUCAGAGGGGAUCAGACUUCUUGUACUAGUGCCUUUGGGCUUCCUGGUGAGCCUCUUCAGACAAUUUUUUUCUGAAAAAUACCUUAGGAAGCUUAAAGUGCUGCAUUUCCUUACCAUCACUUUCUGAAAGAUCUUGUUCCUUUAUAGAUCAUCUAUUUUGUUAUAGUUCUUUUGGUUUUUUGUUUCUUUUUCUAGAAGAAUAGAAAGUGCAGCUUUUAAAAAAUUAAAAAAAGAAAAAAGGAAAAAAAACCCAAACAAACAAAACAAAACAAACAAAACAAAACAAAAAAAACUUCCAGAAGGGAUAUGACCAGAAGGGAUUAUGUCCAAAACACUACUAUGCCUAACUCUGUGCAUCAGUCCUCAAGUUGGAUCAGUAUUCAGAGAUGUAGGGUAUUAAUGCCAAGCAGUUGCUUUCUGAAGAAAAUCAUCAGUUCUGCUGCUUUCUAUUUUUGAGCCAUGCCUGUCAUAUGUGACAAUUUGGAGUUUGUAAUGGGUUUUUUGUACUGUUCACUGUAUGCAUGGAACAUCGGUCACAUUUGAUGGAACGUUGUGCACUCUCCUAUUUGACACAUUUGUUAUUUUUGUUGUUCUGACAUGCCAUGAGAUCUGGGAUCUCAGGUUUGUGUGUUAAAUUUUGGGAUGGUAGAUCUGCAUGUGAUAUACCUCACAGAAUUACUAGUUAAUAUAUCAACAAAAUAGUAAGCUAAUAUUACAGGCAGGCAGUGAAUUACCUCCCCUGCUAUGCAGUGGCUGUAUAGGCAGUCUUCGAACCUGAAAACUGAUGUUUGCUGUGGUAAGCUGUCUUUAUUAUCCCUAGUUGCUGCUUUCAUGGGUAAACCAUUUCCAAAGGGAACCAGUGGCCAUGUUGUCUGUCAUGGCACAAUUGGCAAAUGCCCCGUGUUUCUUCGUCUUGGAUUUAUGUGGGGGACCAGAACUUUCCUUGGCUAAGAACACGGCAGCAGCACACUCCUGCUGACCUCAAGUUUUAGGCUGCUCUGAAAAGGCAUAUUCAAGCUGCCUUUUUGUUUUUGUUGUUGUUGUUGUUGACAGGUUCAGCAGGGUAAAGCUUAGGGCUGUGGUGUUUCCUGUGAUUGUGUCCUCCAGGACGCUCAGUUGAACAUGAAUAGUAGCAAAAAUGAAGGCAAUUGGAUGCAUUGGAGAGAGAAGAUGUUUAGACAUCACUCUGAAAAGGCAAUGAGAAAUUGUGUGCUCUAUUUUUAAAUAAAUACUGCUUUGCAAAUAGAAUACUUUUAUCCCUGCAAGUAGAUAGAAAUAUAGUAAAAGAAUUUUGAAUACAUAAGGAAAAUGUAACAUUCAGAGAAUCAGUUUGCUGCCGAGGCUCUGUGUGCCAUGAAUCUAUGGAGAGCUUCCCAUGUAAAUAGCAUCUUCAGUUCCACCACAGACUUUGAUGACGAUUUCAGUGCAAAAGACAUUAAUAUUUUUAACACUACGUCCUAACCCCUUAUGGACAUGUGUGCCUGCAUCGUUAUGUACCUAGGCGCAUAUGGCAGAGGAAGUUGGCUUGCAAUUGCCAGAGUGAUUUUUUUUGGAGUCCUGUGGAUGAAUAUAUGCCUUCUGAGAUGCAGUUUCAUCUAGAGGAAGCAGCUGCCAUCUGCACUCCUCCCAACACACUACACAGUGCUAGUGAUGCUGUACUUUAAGUGGUGCCCUCUGUGGCUGAUGCUCAGAGAUGCUGUUGGCGGUUCACAAUAUUUGUUGUUGGCUUUUUCUAUGCCUUUUCCUUAGCAAGCCUGGAAACAGAGUCCCAGAGCCCAAAUGCUAGACAAGGAUUCAGAAAUGCUGGAGUGUUUAAAAACUAAUUUCAUUAUGUUUAGAACUGUCUUAAAUUCUUAAUUAUCUCCUUAGAAGCUGGAAAAGUUUAUUCCAUAAAGAUUUUCUUUCCCCUCCCCCAUUUAUAUAACUUUGGAUUUUCCCCAGUGUUUCUAAGAUAGCUAGUGUUUGUUUCCUUUCUGCAUGUUAUGCAAACAAACCUCAGAUGGUAUUGGCAGCGUUUCUGUAACUUUACAAGUUGUCCCAGGGUGCAUGACAAUACUUUUCCCCUACAAAAAUUUUUUAAUUCCUUCUGCUUUUACAAUAAUAAAAGUAUCUCAGAGAACUUCUGCAUUUUGGACGGCAGAGAUUCAGCGUCCCCAUGCAGGUGAGCUGUUCUGGCAGAGUGUUUUGUGAGAGGACAGGAAUAAUCUUCUCUCACUGUCUUCUUGAGACAGCACUGCCCAGGUGACUUUGGUGCAGCAGAACAGAUGAAAUCCUUAUUUUUUAAUGUGAUAUCUAACAAAAUCUCUGGGUAGGUUUUUGGACAGUUCCAAAUCUGCACUUUAACUGUUGCUACCUGAGUGGAGGUGUAUGCACAACUUCCACAAGGAGCUUCAAUACCUUUGCAACUCAUUUGGUCUCAUGUUGUACAAAAUGUAGCGAGUAAAACUUACCCAGGGACAAAGCAAAAAAUUAAAUGCUCUCAUUUUCAUUAUUUGGAUUAAGAAAAACUUAAAAAAUAAAUAGUUUAAGCAGGGCAAGGUAAAAUAGAAACUGGCAAGGUCACACUCUUUAAUAGUAAUACAAUAAAAAAAGAAUUCUUGAACAUCACUUUGUCAAUGUUUCCUUAAUGUGAGUCAAGAGUGGCUUAGGAUGAACAACAAUUUUAUGUUUCAUAGGAUGUCAUAAAAGUUUGUGAAGCAGGGGAUAGCAAAAAGAGAAGACAACUGAAUCAACUCUUAUCUGAAAUCCUACUUGAAGGUAACAGUAAUUUGAACUUUGAGCCUGUUGUGGUGCAUAAAACAGCAGAACUGGUGGAAUCAUACAGGUCACCCCAAAAAAACACACAACAUUGUAUUAUAAUGCUGUAACAUUAAAAAUACAUACUGUGAACAGGUUCAAUGUUUUUUUAGCUCUUUUUAUACCGUAUUUUUUACAGCAUAAAUAAUUUGUUUAGAGAUGUUUUUAUGUUCUGUUUUUACAAAGAUUUUAACGGACUUUUGUUUAAUACUAGUGAAAAUAUUAUUUGCCAAUUUGAAAUAGUCAUCUGUAGAAAUUAAUUCUGAGAAUAUUUUGUCAGCUUGAUGUACUGAUUUAGUCUUCAUAACACACUAAAUGUAAUCAGUCAUUGAACGUCUUUUUGUUGCUGAAUGAUACUGAAGUUUUCCAGCUUCCAAAUCCGCUAUUGAAAAAGUACUUAUACAAUUUUAGGAAAAUCAUCACAAGGCACUUUAAUGAAGCUGUAGCAUGCCAAGUAAAAUACUGAUUCAACCAAGUGUAUCAAUAUGAAAAUUUAUCAGCUACGCAGUUAAACAAAUGCAUGCUUGAAAAAGGAAGCAUGGGAUCAUGUUGGGGAUAUUAUAUUUCAGUGUGGCAGUUGACAUUUAAGACUAACCUAACAUUAAGAUACAACUUUGCAUAUGUUUUAAAUCUAGUUUGCUUGCUUGUUGUAAUUCCUGUUGUAUUGCUUGGGUGUCUAAAAGUACGCAUGUAUUUAACAAUUUUUGCCAUACAAUUGCCAUGAAAUUUAAUAAAUAUAUUUUCUUACACUCUUAAA